UACGUCUGUUCUCGGGGGAAGUUAAACUUAAAUAUGUAUGCCGCAGAAUGAUAUCAAAGAACACACUAAGAAAAACAGCUUUUAUUUUUUUUAGCUUACUUGCCAGGAAAUCACUGAUUUAUUAUGUCAAAAUGGAAGCCGGUUAUCAGUGCGUAAUAUUAAGACUAAAAUUACUAUUAUUACAUUUAGAUAACAGAUUCUGGCUUUGUUGCGUUCUGGGUUGAUUUUUAGUUGUCCGUAAACGGUUAGACGAUUUGUGGUUUCGAAAUCUACCACACUAUAUGCACUUAUCUGAAAUAUUCUUGCAUAUUUAGGUUUAGCAAUAUAUGGACUUUGAUAUAGAUUGAUGAUAUAUAUGAAGCGUUUGCAUACUGUAUUGUGCUAAUUAAAAUCAGUAAUGAUUCAAUCCUUCUCUCACCACCCAUGCUCAGAGUCAUGUUUACGUUUUGACACCGUUUUCAGUAAAGUGAAAUGUACACCCACGUGUCUUUUGCCAUAUCUUUUAUUUCAAACGCUAACAAUGGGAAAUAAAACUUAAGAUUUUGUUUCAUUUUUACUGAAAGCUCUGAUUGAUGUGUCCACGUCAUUGCGUGCUUUUUCAAGGGCGGGGUCUCCAGCAUUCUCGGCUUUCAAUUGGCUAUCAAUGAGCACAGUGAAGGGGAGCUAUCUGUAAUCUUAUUCAGCAUGUUUUGCUCAAGAAAUGUCAGCCACAAACUGUUAUCUGCUCCUAGUGAAAUUUUACCACAACAAUGUCAUGCUCAGACAGCCCAGCUGGGAACUCAUUUUUGGUAGAUUCCUUAAUUAGCACCCGAACUGAAAGCGGUGGAGAUUACUACCAAGGCGGCGGCGUGUACUUUCCUCCUGGUUCGGAUUUGCCUUAUGGACUACCAAACUGUGGAUUUUUCCCAGGACUGAGCAAACGAAACGAAGCAGCUUGUCAAAACAUGGUUCCCGCUUCUAACCCAUAUAUGCCGGGAAUGCAAGUAUGGCUGGACACGGCGCGGUCGUGCCGAAUGGAUCAGUCCGUUCAGCAGGUCACCUCAUGCUCAUUCUCGCCUAACAUUAAAGAAGAGAACACGUACUCCAUCUAUGAAUCGGGUAAGACUGCAACACCUUCACAUACAGAAGACCUCUGCUACUCCGGUGUAUCAUCGGGCUCGUGUCCGAGUAGCGAUAGUGGCAUGGUCCCGAUACCUGGUUACUUCCGCCUAUCUCAGACUUACGCAACUUCUAAGGUUUAUCACGAUGUUCAGUCAAAUUCGUCACACUUUACACUACAACCUCCCGUUCACUUCGACACACCGCCUUCCUCCUCUACAUCGGUAGAGCCUGCCAGGAGGGAUAACAAGGAUGGCUCCUCCAGCUGUUUGCCAGGCAGGCAAAAAGACGAGGAAACGGGCGUAUCCUCCUCGACUGAGGAGUCACCUUCUCCAGAACCCCGAGAAAAUUGCAAAGAAAGUCCAAAGGGGAUCACAAAUGGACACACGAAAGAUGAAAAUGCAGCUAACUGGCUAACAGCGAAGAGUGGACGGAAGAAACGGUGUCCUUACACUAAACACCAGACUCUGGAGCUCGAAAAAGAGUUCCUGUUCAACAUGUACCUGACUCGUGAGCGGCGCCUAGAGAUCAGCCGUAGCGUCCACUUGACCGACAGACAAGUUAAAAUUUGGUUCCAGAACCGCAGAAUGAAACUGAAGAAAAUGAGCCGGGAAAAUAGGAUUCGGGAUCUUACAACCAACUUUAAUUUUCCGUGAGGAACCUACGACCUUUUUUUCGUCGUCAGCGCGAAGUAUUAAAUCCGGUUUUACAACUGUCUUCGGUUGCACAAUGAUUGUGCAGGAAGUAUUUGAUUAAUGACUUUUCUGAGUGCCUGCAUGUUGGUGAUUUACAAAAAAACAACGUGUAUUUUAAGUUGGAAUAUAUAGAUGAAAAAUAUGUCAAAUUUCUGUGAAAAUGUGGACCCAUUCAGUUAUUAGAAAGAAGGAAGAAAUUCCGUCGUCAAAAAUGACUUGUGUGUCUAGGAUUUCGGGCGGACUUGACCACAAAACCCCUUCAAUGUUAACCGUGCAUGAGUCACCCAAACAUUAUGAAAUUUGUUUGUAAAGCAUUUAAAAACAUUGAAUAUAACAUAUAUAUAUCUUUACCUGCACAUUUGCGGAGAUAUGGCAUUGUCGUGGACAACUUUUAUUACACAUACCUAUUUGAAACAAAUUGUGCAGAUUUUCCUGAUCAUCCCAUUUUGUGAGACUGAUAGAUAUUUUACAUACACUAUUGCUACUAAGCGAUAAAAAAAUAUUUUCGACAUCAAAGCAAAUUGUUUGCUUUCCAGCCAUUUUCAUUGUAAGUGGCAUAUAAAGGGCGGAAUAUAUAUCCAGUAUGUACUGUGAAAAUGUUUUAUUGUGGUGUGGUGACAAUAAAUAAAAUCCAGAUGUUUCUCUAGAAACGUUAAUGAAUUUAUGUUGCUUUAAUAAAGAAAAUUCAGUUUAA